AUGGACCUCCGGCAGCGACAUAACGCUCCUUCAUGGCAUUGGCCCGACCAAUCUGCCAGCCCGCCGGAGGCUCCAGGCAGCUCAGAGCCACAGUCAAACGCUGGUGACCGCACUGAGCCAGACAAUGGAUCCACUCCUGGCACCAGUUACCCUUCGAGGAUGUGCAGGAUAUGCUUGGAAAUCGUCCAUCCAACCUAUCGCCCGGUGUCGGAAAAUCUUCCAUCCUUCCUGCAAUCGGGCCCUCGUGUCACGUACGAGCCGGAUGACCCGUCUCUGGGACGUUUAAUUCGGCCCUGCAAGUGCAAGGGCUCAUCGAGAUAUGUACACGAGGGUUGCCUACGCAAGUGGAGGAAUGCGGAUCCCAACUAUGGUGCCAGGAACUUUUGGCAUUGUCCAACGUGUGGCUUCCGCUACAGGCUUCAGCGGGUGACUUUGGGUAGAUGGAUCAGCAGCUUUCCGAUGCAGAUUUUCCUCACCUUGUUCAUUUUGUUUUUUGUCAUGUUCAUCCUUGGAUUCGUUGCUGACCCAAUCAUGAAUUUGUACUUUGACCCAUUCGAUACCAUUACUUCCGGUACGUUUUGGGAUGAGGAAAGUGAGAGUAUCACUCUUUCGGCGCGGACAAAAGCGACCUGGUCAGAACACUUUUUUAAGGGACUCGCAUCCUUGGGCCUCUUGUCGUUCAUGAAAGUUUUCCUUUUUCGACCGUGGCAAUGGUGGAAUUUCCGCCAUUCCACUGUUUUGGGAGGUCGGCGAGCCGGUCCUACCGGUAGGGACAGAGCUGCGUCUAUUAGCUGGGUCGUUAUUGUAAUUGGCGUGGCUACUUUUCUCUAUGGUGUUUACAAGGGCGUCCUCGCCUGGAGCUGUCGCGUACUAGAGACACUUGGACAGCACGUCAUGGACGUUCCGUCUGAUGACGACGAAGAUGAAGACGCUGAUAUAUUACCGGAUCUUAGAAAGGAUUCCUCGACAAACGACGAUUAAAGAUACUUUAUUCAUAACAUUUAACCACCUCUCGCUUCUUACGGCGUAUAUUUUUCUCCUCUAAAUUCAGUUUUAAACUGCAAACUAUUCAUUUCAACGCACCACUUUGAGUUGUCAUGUCCUGCCAAUGAUGUGCCAAUCAGUCAAUGUGCGAAGAACAGUUGGACCUUCGUUAACCGUCGCCUGAAGGAUUGGAGGACCGUGAUCUAGGCGUUUUGCCUUCUCGAAACUCCUUCUCUUCGCUUCUUUGUGAGUUAAGGGGACGGGAAGCGUUCAGUCGAUCUCUCGAUGAUUAUGAUUUCGCUCUACCGUUCCACGGGCGCUACCCCAUCGGGAUUCGGCACAUACUUUACAUUCCGCAGACUUUUGGACUGGAAUGGGUUGAUAUAACAAAUUGGGCCUGAUACAUUAUUAUUAUUAAUAGUGGAAUAUAUUUCUUGUUUUAUACUGUUUCACGUUCGCUUGCCGUUCAGUGUCAUACGUUGUUGAGAGGUGUCAUUCUACAGUAUGUGUAACCCAUCUAUCACAUUUUCAUUUCG